AUGACAGACUUUGAAAAGAACCUCCGCCAGGACAUGGUUUCUCAGCUGCAUAAUUUUGCUGCUGUUGGAGAUGCAGCCAAACUGAAAGCAUUACUCAGUCAUUCCCCGUCACUUAUUAAUGCAGCUGCAGAUAACGGCUGGACAGCCCUGAUGUAUGGUGCCAGAAAUGGACACUUUGAGGUUGUACGGAUUCUUCUUGAAGAAGGGUGUGACAGGUCCAUUGUUAAUAAAUCAAGGCAGACAGCUCUGGACAUUGCUAAAUUUUGGGGUUACAAACACAUAGCUAGUUUGUUGGCUAAUGUGAAGGGCGGGCAGAGGCCUGAUUUUUUGUCAAAUGAAGGGAAAGAACAUGAAAAUUAUUUUGGCUUGACACUUCUGGACAGGAGGAGUGAUAAAAGAACAGAUUCCAAGUGGCUAAGCAAAAAACAAAGUCAUCCAACUACAGUAUACAUCCUCUUUUACAACCUAAGUCCUUUGGUUACUUUGGGUAGGGGAAUAGAGAGCUCCCAGCAGCCAGAAGUAGAGCUCUGCAGACUGUACCACAAGGAUGUGGAGCAGUGCAUGAACCAAACUGAAGAAGGCAUCUUGAUUUUUCUUGGAGUUGAGCUUCAGUUCCACAUGAACCAGCUGGCUGCUUGCAAUGGAAGAGUUCUGCAAGAAGAUGAAGAGGAUGGGUUAGUUGCUUGGUUUGCUCUUAGUGUAGAUUCUGCUUCUGCUGAGAAAUUUAAAGAGAAACACGAGAACUGUUACUUUCUUCACCCACCAAUGCCAGCACUACUGCAGCUACCUGAAAAAGAAGCUGGAGUAGUAGCCCAGGCUAGAUCUGUUCUAGCGUGGCACAACCGCUACCGAUUCUGCCCGACCUGUGGGAGUACAACCAAGAUUGAAGAAGGGGGUUACAAGAAAACAUGCUUAAAAGAAGAUUGUCCCAGUCUCCAAGGUGUUCACAACACAUCAUAUCCAAGAGUUGAUCCUGUUGUGAUAAUGCAGGUCAUCCAUCCAGAUGGGAACCACUGCCUUUUAGGUAGACAGAAGAGGUUUCCCCCAGGAAUGUUUACCUGUCUUGCUGGAUUUGUUGAACCUGGCGAAACGAUAGAAGAUGCUGUUCGAAGAGAAGUGGAAGAGGAGGCUGGAAUCAAAGUUGGCCAUGUUCAGUAUGUCUCUUGUCAGCCAUGGCCAAUGCCCUCCUCCCUGAUGAUUGGCUGCUUAGCUGUUGCAGUGUCUACAGAAAUUAAAGUUGACAAGAAUGAAAUAGAGGAUGCCCGCUGGUUCACUAGAGAACAGGUUGUGGAGGUUAUCAUUAAAGGAAACCAGCGUUCUUUCUUUGUACCACCAAGUCAAGCUAUUGCGCAUCAGUUGAUAAAAUACUGGAUUGGAAUGAAUGCGAAUCUUUAA